CCGGCAGUCCAGUCCCACUCGCCCGAGCGGGUCUAUUUUUCCACCUCAGCUCGUCUCCCUCGUGCCCUACCUACCCCGCUUGUAGCCGCCGCGUCUGACCCAAGCCUUCCACUUCCACCCAGCCGCCCGCCCCCCAUGCCGCUCCCGAUGCGCCGCCUCGCCGCCGCUCCCUCCCUCCCAGCCGUGCACCCGCACGACUCCCCCGCGCCGCCCUCCGUUCGGCUCCGGCGACAGCAUGGCCGGGUGUCGAUGGAGAGGUCCUCGACGACGACGGCCCGAGGUGUUAGUUGCGUGAUGGCAAGUGGAAAGGAGCAUGCAGCAACUACUAGUGGUGAUGAAAAGAAAGGUGGACUGCGUGGCAAACUGAAAAAAGUUGUUCUAGCUUACAGCGGUGGCUUGGAUACAUCAGUAAUUGUUCCAUGGCUUAGGGAGAACUAUGGCUGUGAAGUCGUCUGUUUCACUGCUGAUGUUGGUCAGGGUGACAUUGAAUUGGAAGGAUUGGAGAAAAAGGCAAAAGCUAGCGGUGCAAGCCAGCUUGUUGUGAAGGACUUGACAGAAGAAUUUGUUGGUGAAUAUAUAUACCCCUGCUUGCGUGCUGGUGCAGUUUACGAAAGAAAGUAUCUGCUUGGGACUUCCAUGGCUAGGCCUGUUAUUGCUAAGGCAAUGGUUGAUGUUGCCAAGGAAGUUGGCGCAGAUGCAGUUGCUCAUGGGUGCACUGGGAAGGGCAAUGAUCAGGUUCGCUUUGAGCUUACAUUUUAUGCCUUAAAUCCGGAACUUAAAGUGGUGGCACCCUGGAGGGAGUGGGAUAUCACAGGACGUGAAGAUGCAAUUGAGUAUGCAAAGAAACACAAUGUGCCAAUUCCGGUUUCAAAGAAAUCAAUAUACAGCCGAGAUAGAAAUUUGUGGCACCUUAGCCAUGAGGGUGACAUUUUGGAAGAUCCAGCAAAUGAGCCAAAAGAAGAUAUGUAUAUGAUGUCUGUUUCUCCAGAAAAUGCACCUUCAAAACCUGAGUAUCUGGAGAUUGGUAUAGUUGCUGGUGUUCCUACUUCUAUCAACGGUAAAGAUCUCUCGCCAGCAACUCUCCUCGCCAAGCUCAACGAAAUCGGCGGAAAGCAUGGCAUCGGGCGCAUCGACAUGGUGGAGAACCGCCUGGUGGGGAUGAAGUCCCGUGGCGUCUACGAGACCCCCGGCGGCACCAUCAUGGCGGCCGCGGUCCGCGAGCUCGAGUCCCUGACACUGGACCGGGAGACGAUGCAGUGGAAGGACAUGCUGGCCCUCAAGUACGCGGAGCUCGUCUACGCGGGGCGCUGGUUCGACCCGCUGCGGCUGUCCAUGGACGCCUUCAUGGAGACCAUCACCGCGACGACGACCGGGUCGGUGACCCUGAAGCUGUACAAGGGGUCGGUGACCGUCGCGUCCCGGAAGAGCCCCUACAGCCUGUACAGGGAGGACAUCUCGUCGUUCGAGAACGGGGAGAUCUAUGACCAGGCUGACGCUGAGGGUUUCAUCAGGCUGUACGGCCUCCCCACCCGGGUCCGCGCGAUGCUGGAGAAGGGCAUCUAAUCUAAGGUCGUCUUUGCGUCUUGAAUAAAUUGUUUUCUCAUUGAAAACUGCCGAGUGUGUGUCUUUGAGUAACUCUGGACAAAUGGAAGAUUUCCAGGCGGGUGGGCUUUGAGCACAUUGUGGAGUUUCUGUUUUGUUUGGUAGUAUGUAUUGAAGAGUUGCUCCAACUUGCAGUAAUAUACUGUUUGGUGCUGCGGCCGGGUGUGUUCGGUUA